UGAUGACGCUGACCAAUGAGAGUGCGAGGAGUUGUACCACGUGGUCUAAGGCGACCAAUGAGAGAGGUCCACGAGACCCAGCAGACGAUACUUGUAGCUCCUCACCGGCCUGACUCCACUAAGUGUCACUCACCCUCCUCCACCGUCAGGGUCUCCUUCCCUAGUGUUGUAGUGAACGAUUGUGACUGGUAUAGACUUCUGUGCCACCUUCUACACGGAAUGAGGUGUGCGAGAGUGCUGGCCGUGGUGGCCCUGGUGGCCGCGGUGGCCGCCAAGGAGAACAAGAAGGAAGACGUCGGCACCGUUAUUGGCAUAGAUCUUGGCACCACGUACUCCUGUGUUGGAGUCUUCAAGAAUGGCAGAGUAGAAAUCAUUGCAAAUGACCAAGGCAACAGAAUUACUCCCUCCUACGUAGCUUUCACAGCCGACGGGGAAAGACUUAUUGGAGAUUCUGCCAAGAACCAGCUGACUACAAAUCCUGAGAACACCAUCUUCGAUGCAAAGCGGCUAAUUGGCCGCGAAUGGUCGGAUAAAUCUGUUCAACAUGACAUCCAGUUCUUCCCCUUCAAAGUUAUAAAGAAAAAUGACAAGCCGCACAUUCAGGUCUCUACAUCACAGGGUGACAAGGUGUUUGCUGCUGAAGAAAUUUCUGCCAUGGUGCUAGGGAAAAUGAAGGAAGUUGCAGAAGCUUACCUGGGCAAGACCGUCACCCAUGCUGUCGUUACUGUACCGGCUUAUUUCAACGAUGCUCAGCGCCAGGCUACAAAAGAUGCUGGCAUCAUCGCUGGUAUGACGGUUAUGAGAAUAAUUAAUGAGCCAACUGCAGCAGCCAUUGCUUAUGGCAUUGACAAGAAAGAUGGAGAAAAGAACAUUUUGGUGUUUGACCUUGGUGGUGGCACUUUUGAUGUAUCUCUGCUUACUAUUGAUUCUGGUGUAUUUGAAGUGGUUGCCACAAAUGGUGACACUCAUCUUGGUGGUGAAGACUUUGAUCAGCGUGUUAUGGAACACUUCAUCAAACUCUACAAGAAAAAGAAGGGCAAGGACAUCAGAAAAGACAAUCGUGCUGUGCAGAAACUUCGUCGUGAGGUAGAGAAAGCAAAGAGGUCUCUCUCUGCCAGUCACCAGGUCAGGAUUGAAAUUGAAUCCUUCUUUGAAGGAGAAGACUUCUCUGAAACACUUACUCGUGCUAAAUUUGAAGAAUUGAACAUGGAUCUCUUCAGGUCAACAAUGAAGCCUGUCCAGAAGGUGCUUGAAGAUUCUGACUUGCAGAAGAAGGAAAUUGACGAAAUUGUAUUGGUAGGCGGUUCUACCCGUAUCCCAAAGAUCCAGCAGUUGGUUAAAGAGUUCUUCAAUGGUAAGGAGCCAUCACGAGGUAUUAAUCCUGAUGAGGCUGUAGCGUAUGGUGCUGCUGUGCAAGCUGGUGUUUUAUCUGGAGAAGAUGACACUAAUGACUUGGUAUUGUUGGAUGUUAAUCCCUUGACACUUGGUAUUGAAACUGUUGGUGGGGUAAUGACGAAACUCAUCUCUCGUAACACUGUAAUUCCUACAAAGAAGUCGCAGAUCUUCUCCACUGCUUCGGAUAACCAGCAUACCGUUACCAUCCAGGUAUUUGAAGGAGAGCGACCAAUGACAAAAGACAACCACAUACUUGGCAAGUUUGACUUGACUGGUAUUCCACCUGCUCCACGUGGUGUGCCCCAAAUAGAAGUUACUUUUGAAAUUGAUGCUAAUGGCAUUCUUCAGGUAUCUGCAGAAGACAAGGGUACAGGCAACAAGGAAAAGAUCGUUAUUACAAAUGACCAAAAUCGUCUUACCCCAGAAGACAUUGAACGUAUGAUAAAGGAUGCAGAGGUGUUUGCCGAUGAAGACAAGAAAUUAAAGGAACGUGUUGAAUCUAGAAAUGAACUAGAAUCUUAUGCCUACAGUUUGAAGAACCAAGUUAAUGACAAAGAGAAACUUGGUGCAAAGCUUUCUGAUGAAGACAAAGAAAAGAUUGAGGAAGCUAUUGACGAGAAGAUUAAGUGGCUAGAAGACCAUCCUGAUGUAGAUGCAGAAGAUUACAAGACGCAGAAAAAGGAGCUAGAAGAUAUUGUUCAACCAAUUGUUGCCAAGUUGUACCAAGGUGCUGGUGGUGCCCCACCUACAGGGAGCACUGAUGAAGAAUUUGACAAAGAUGAAUUGUAAAUAUUUAGGUUAUUGUGGGAAUGUAACUUAUUAUUUGUUUAAGGUUGAUGUUAUUGGAAGGACAUGUUCAUCAUCAUUAUCAUGUAUCACAGGUAUUCAGCUAGAUUUUCAUCUCAUGUUUGAGUGGGGUACCACAAUGCCAUGUAUGUAUGCACAACUCCAUUCCAGUGUGAUUGACUACAGGAAGAAUGGUUUGUAAUAAAAGGUAUAAAUAAAAAAAUCUUUAAAUUGUAAUUCCUGUGCAUUUUUAAAACGGUCUUGCUAUGACACAUGUGAACCUUUAACAUUUCUGAACUGAUUAGUCUAUUUUAGUUGAAAUAGAGCAAGACUAUGAAAAUGGGUAAUUACUGAAAAAACUUGAAGCAUUUAACCCUCUUACUUCCUCAUUUAGGAGCAUUAAUGUUGUCUAAUCUCCAACAACUUUCAUAAUUAGACAAAAGUACUGAUUGUAAAUUUUUGGUUUAAAGCAAAUAUGAAUAAUAAAGUACUGUACUAAAUAGUCUAGAAGAGCUGGAAAGGAAUGGUGCCAACCACUUGACACCCACCUGUGAGAAGCCUCUGCUGUACCGACCACUCUGAGGUUGGAGCAAGUGUUUCACUAAAAUUUCUGAUUAGUUGUCUACUUGAAGACAAUAGUGGUGUUCAUUGCUAAUUGUGUAACUAUAAGGACUAAAAUACAUUAGCAAUGAUAUAAUAUAAUGCUAUGGACAUGGUGUUGAUAAAUAUUCUAGCCAAAUUGGUAUCAAAGCCAGUGGCUGCUGCUAGUUUGUCUUGUAUAGGAAAUAAAUGCUAGAAUUGCUAUGCACUAGACUUUGAGGAAUGGCUAGUUACUAUUAAACUAGGUACAGUACUGUACAAUCAAAUGUAACUAAUUCAUCCUUUUGUCACUUUAAAAUGUAGUGCAAAGACUGGCUAGGUUAUGCAUUGUCCCCACAUUAUCAAAAUGGAGACCAUUUACUGUGCUGCAGAACAAUCUAAACACAAACAUCAUUCAGGAUGCCAAUUCAUACACUUGUGAUGUCAAAGGUAUUGAUUCAACAAGAAUUCUAUCACAAACAAAACAUGCAGGGACAAUGGGGAAAGCAAAUUUUGAGCAUCCUAACAAAUUUGACAUUUCAAAAAGGUGCAAAACUAAGUAGGGACAAUAAAGAGCAGCCCUUUACUGGUGUUCAUGAAUUUGGCACAUUGAGGGGGGGGGGGGGUGAUGGCCUACCCAGAAGGGAUUUCCUAUCACAAUGGGUAGGAGGAUGAGCCACAUUUAAUAGCACUCGGCUUAUCCGUAGUACCCGACCAUCUGUCUUGUGAUCAAUUAUGUUAAUUGAUUGGAUGGAUUCUUUAUUAGGGAAAUGGUACAGGCAUGAUUUGCAAGCAUUUACUGGACUCCAAACUCGUGAGCAUUGUUUGCUCAUGUGGUAGACAAAGUUUUUGAGAUCCAACAUUUUUUACCCAGUUUGUCCCAUGGUGAUGCUAUAUUGACAUUGAUCAGUUUUAUCUAUUAUAAUGACAUCCUGAAUUACUGUAUAUCUAGAUAUAAAUAUUCUGGAACAAACAAUGCUAUAGACAUACUUGCUUAGCACUUUUGACAAUUACUUCUGAUGUUAACCAAGGUAGUUGGACAUUAUUCCAUCUUUGUAACCUUUCCAAAUGCUUUACUAUAGUCAUAAUGUACUGGCUUAGUUAGUCUUGACUCCUUCCUGGGAGGUCUUCAUCAGGAGGGUGACCAUAAUGGAAGUUUAUUCAGAUGAUUCAAUCACCACACAAACCUUUCACCAUUUCAAGCUCACUUAUAUCUCCAUCCAUAUCCUUUUUUUUAAUAUAGUGUUCUGCUCUACUGUUCUUUAACAAUUCUUAGAAACUUCACUAACACACUCAUGUCGUCUCCAUGUUUUGUGCUUUAUCCACUACAGAUUUCAUUCCUUUGUACUUCAUCACUGCUAUACCCAUCUCAUAAGCUAAUUCAAAAAUUGUUCGCAAAAAACUAAUUUCUACUGUUUGUACUUUUGAGUGCUGCAAUUUUCUAUACCAAAGUUUUUCUGCCAUGUCAAGUAUUUCUUAAACCCCAUACUAACAGUUUUUCCUUUCACUAUACUGCAAUAUUUUUGUAUUUUUACCACUUCUAUUUUACCUUCAAUAGUCCCAUUUUAUCUAACAUCAAGGUUCCUAAAACUUGGUACCCCUCUUAUUUCUUUCCAAAUUUCUAUUCUAGGGGUAAAAUCAGCCUUGUCACUAUAGGUAUCUACAAAAUCCACAAUAUACAAUUUCUGUCUCAAAUAAUAUACCCUUACUUUUUCCUACAAUGACCUUCAACUUUCUCCUUUUGCACACACAUCUUAUUAACAACCUUCUGCAAUUCCUUUACCAACUAUCUGGCAGUAAGCAUCAUUUUGUCAAUUUAAAGAGGCACUGUAGUAAAUGCCUAGGAUUCUAGAAGUAUCAAAAGUACUUUUUGAAGGAAGGCAGCAAGUCGGGAAGACUAUUUAACCCCUCUUCUGUGUUGAGGAAUAUUAAAAAGUUCAUAGGUGAUAAGAUGCAAUGUGAUGCUAAUGCAAUUCCUGGUACAAUAUAUAUUGCAAUGUUUCAUUAUCUAGUAUCCAAGUACUGUAGCAGCCUAAAGGCUUAUAUCUACAUAUGGCAGUUGAGCUCCCAAGGGGCAGUAUUCAGAGUGGUGCCCCAUUGGCCAAUAUUAUAUGCAAACUUCAGACUAAUUUUGAUGCUACAUCUGUUAGAUUAAUCAAUCUAGCACAGAAGUUAAAAAUUCUCGCCCCUCAACAAAAACAAAUGGAAGAUGACCUAUUGUGUAUGAAAAAAAGAUUCUGGUUCAAUCCUGUCAUCCUGCUCUAAAGAUUUUUUUGUAGAUGCAUUACUUUGUGAUUUCAUUGCCUUAGUAUGUGUAUAUAUGAAGCUUCUUUAGUUUUUAAAACACACUAAUGAAAGGCAAAUUUAUAAUUAGAGUAGCUUGGGUUCUUUUCUGUCAAGGCAUUGUCUUCAAAUUUGAGUUCCUGGGUAGGGUGCAACAAGACAAAUGGAUAAACGGGGGUUCUGUAUAGAUAUCAGUCAUUCACUCUCAUUGCAAUUUCAUAUCAGGCCUAAUAUCUACACCUACAUUGAAAAAAUAGAUCGCAAACGCCUUACAUUUUUUUUAUCUCAAGAGAAUUACCAAUCAAACUCGGUUCUUUUUUCAGGUACCGUACUCAUUUGUCACUGUGCCUCCUCAACUUUUCCAUAAAUAUAAACGGUGUUGGGAAAUACAACUUUACAAGUGGUAUAUAUAAUGGUGUGGCAGGUAUACAGGAUAAAAUAAAAACUAUACAAGAGAGAAAGCAGAGCCCCCCCCCCCAAUUGCAUAUUUGGACCUUUGAAGGAACUGUCACAAAGCUUUCUGACCAGCAUUUUGAGUCCUAUUGAAGUCAGAUCUAUGUUGCAUGAGCUGUGAAUCGAGAGUAAUUUUUAACCGGGAUGGUCCUGGAAUCCGUUUUCACACCCUGUAGCCUAGGGUGUGAAAAUUUGUUGUACAAAUUUAUUGAUUGGUUUAGUCCUUUAAAUUGUAUUCUCAUCAUCAGAUAUUUCAUAUUAUGUUGUUAUGACUUAGGUAAAAACUGUAAAUUUGUGUAAACUAACCCAACUAUAAAUGUACAAAUAUAUUUAAGAAUAAAGUUAUCAACUGAUUGGUCUAUAUA